AUGAAAUUUCCAAUCGAGACUCCAAGAAAACAGGUGAACUGGGAUCCUAAAGUGGCCGUUCCUGCAGCAGCGCCCCCGGUGUGCCAGCCCAAGGGCGCUACUAACGGGCAUUACGCGGCCCCACGCCUCUCCAUCUCCUCCCGAGCCACGGUGGUAGCCAGAAUGGAAGGUGCCUCCCAGGGGGGCCUGCAGACCGUCAUGAAGUGGAAAACAGUGGUUGCCAUCUUCGUGGUCGUGGUGGUCUACCUCGUCACGGGCGGUCUCGUCUUCCGGGCAUUGGAACAGCCCUUUGAGAGCAGCCAAAAGAACACUAUUGCCUUGGAGAAGGCAGAAUUCCUGCGGGAUCAUAUCUGUGUGAGCCCACAGGAGCUGGAGACGUUGAUUCAGCAUGCUCUUGACGCUGACAACGCAGGAGUAAGCCCCAUAGGAAACUCUUCUAACAACAGCAGUCACUGGGACCUCGGAAGUGCCUUUUUCUUUGCUGGAACUGUCAUCACCACCAUAGGGUAUGGGAAUAUUGCUCCAAGCACUGAAGGAGGCAAAAUCUUUUGCAUUUUAUAUGCCAUCUUUGGAAUUCCACUUUUUGGUUUCCUAUUGGCUGGAAUUGGAGACCAACUUGGAACCAUUUUUGGGACGAGCAUUGCAAGAGUGGAGAAGGUCUUUCGAAAAAAGCAAGUGAGUCAGACCAAGAUCCGGGUCAUCUCAACUAUCCUGUUCAUCUUGGCCGGCUGUGUUGUGUUUGUGACAAUCCCCGCCGUCAUUUUCAAAUACAUUGAGGGGUGGACGGCCCUGGAGUCCAUUUACUUUGUGGUGGUCACUCUCACCACGGUUGGCUUUGGUGAUUUUGUGGCAGGGGGAAACGCUGGCAUCAAUUACCGGGAGUGGUAUAAGCCCCUAGUGUGGUUUUGGAUCCUUGUUGGCCUUGCCUACUUUGCAGCUGUCCUCAGUAUGAUCGGAGAUUGGCUACGGGUUCUGUCCAAAAAGACAAAAGAAGAGGUGGGUGAAAUCAAGGCGCACGCGGCCGAGUGGAAGGCCAACGUGACGGCGGAGUUCCGGGAGACGCGGCGGCGGCUGAGCGUGGAGAUCCACGACAAGCUGCAGCGGGCGGCCACCCUCCGCAGCAUGGAGCGCCGGCGCCUGGGCCUGGACCAGAGGGCACACUCGCUCGACAUGCUCUCCCCGGAGAAGCGCUCCGUGUUCGCCGCGCUGGACGCGGGCCGCUUCAAGGCCUCGUCCCAGGACAGCAUCAACAACCGGCCCAACAACCUGCGCCUGCAGGGCUCCGAGCAGCUCAGCAAACACGGGCAGGGCGCCUCCGAGGACAACAUCAUCAACAAGUUCGGGUCCACCUCCAGACUCACCAAGAGGAAGAACAAGGACAUCAGAAGGACCUUGCCCGAGGAUGUUCAGAAGAUCUACAGGACCUUCCGGAACUACUCCCUGGAUGAGGAGAAGAAAGAGGAGGAGGCGGAAAAGGUGUGCAACCCGGACCACUCCAGCACGGCCGUGCUGACGGACUGCAUCCAGCCGCAGGCCGAGAUGGAGAAUGGCGCGGUCCCCGCCGACACCAAAGACAGGGAGGGCGAGGACAACGCGUUACUUGAAGGCAGAAGCUAAACGGUAAGGACACUGGACUUGACCGAGCGUUGUGGGUUUUGUUUUUGUUGUCUUUUUUUUAAUUCACCCUGAGACACGUGCCUUAAACAAGACUUCUCGUGAGUCGGAAAUUACAUAGCAUCGAAGAGUCUAUUUCACUGUGCCAUAAACGACUGAGAAAGCUUGCUCUGCCAAAAGGAAUCAAGGAACAAGGACUUCACUUUCCAUCACGACCGACCGCAGGACACCCAGGGAGCCUUCGCAGGCAUAGGAGGUCACGGCCGCAGAGGUCGAGGGCACGUCCAGGCGACGCUGUGCCCCAGUGAAGCGCCGCCCCGCUAUGGCGGGUAGAAAAGGGCAGCUAUUCCUUAGACCAGCCGUCUGAAAGGAACAGGUGUGUCUUUCAAAUGGAGUCAUUUCCUGAACCUACCGUUAGUGAUAUGUGCGCACACAGAAGGGGACUGGAUUGGGGGGUGAAGUGGUACUUGUAACUUGGGUUAGAGUGGACAUUUUGGAAUGUUGCUCUGAGCUCCAGUUUUGAUACAAACCGUUCAGUGCAUACCUAGCCUUUCUAAGCUCCAAAUGAAUGUCCUUGGGACCCGGGAGCACCUGGAAUUUGUUGGAAGCAGAUCAGAGCACACAUAUUAAAAGGUGCAAUUGCUUCCCUCAUUACAAAAGAAAAAAAAAAUCACAAACAUAUCACACUGUGGAUACUACCUUAACCAAUGACAGAAGCCUACUGAAUUUUGUCUUUCUCACAGGGGCAGGUAGUCCAAAAGAACUUGCAAGCAUUGGUGAAAACUCAGCCUCAGCCGCUGCAUGGUUACAGGCAAAAAUCAUGCAUUUUCCUCAGUGGGUGCAAUGGUGAAAAUA